AUGAUCCAACCUGACCUGUAUUUCCACUUUCCUGUUACAGUCAAGCCUCCGAGCACCAAUGGCAGAAAGCGCAGCCAGAAGCAGAGACCCUCUGCUCGUGCCAGACCACCUCUCCACGCAGACUCCACCAUGACACCCUGGAGAGGACUGGUUCUCUCUGACUCCUCCUUUUCAUCCAUUUACGUACCCCCUUCUCCGAGACCCCCUCAGUCGCCCCCUUAUAACGACAUUCACAACAAAGAGUUCACUUUAAGUUUCAACUCUCAAGCUUCUUCCCCAACUGUUCGUGCGGACAGCACAAAUGGAGAAUUACCCAAGCAGCAGAAGAUGCCCACCCAGGCCAGGACUCCUCAGCUGCCCCGUCUCCCUCCACUGCAUCCCAUCACCAACCUGAGCUUCUCUCGUAGCUUUACCUUCUCUUUCUUUGAGCUUCCUCUGUACCAAUCACCCCCAUUGCGUUCCGAACGUAUGAGAAACCUCAUGACACUUUUGAGAGAGACACACUACUGAUAAGUUAACAUGGAGACUGUUUAAUUAUGGUGGAAUGUUAGUAACCGCAUUCCAUUACAAUACUCUUUUAUAGUGGGUGGAGACAUGACAUCACGUCAGCUGCUGCAGUGCUUUCUGGAAUUUAUCUGCUGUACAGUCAUGUGCAAAAAUUUGGAUUUGCUGUUGUAAGCCAGCUGGUCUACUUCUGAAGAAAAGGGUGAACAUUUGUUAAAUCAUGCACCCCAACUGUGUUGCCUGUGCUACUUUUCUCUGACAAAUACACC